UCAGAUGAUAUAAUGAUACGGUGGCUGGGUGGGGAAAACUAACAAGCGUGUUUGCUUUGUAGAACUGAAAUCUGGUGUGUGGUACGGAUGUUGAACAUAUUAUUAUUAUCUGUAGUAGUAUAACUUCUCAUUGAAAAACAAUGAAAGAAGAAAAAAACACAGAGGUGAUAAACUCGGAGUCUACGGUUAAAUAUUACACACUAGAGGAAAUAAAACGCCACAGUUCGAGCAAAGAUGUCUGGGUCAUAAUCCACGAAAAAGUAUACGAUAUCACCAGCUUUCUGGAGGAGCACCCGGGAGGGGAGGAGGUAUUGAUGGAACAGGCUGCGGCCGAUGCCACAGAAAACUUUGAAGAUGUUGGCCACUCCACCGACGCCAGAGAGAUGCUGAAACAGUAUUUCAUUGGAGAAUUACAUCCGGAUGAUCGGAAGAAGGAUAGCUCAAAGGAUGUCUUAAUCACAACAUCCUCAAGCCAAUCCAGUAUGUGGACUAACUGGCUCAUCCCAGCUGUUGCUGCUGUUGUUAUGGGUCUGAUGUACCAUUAUUACACCCUGGACAGCAAGUCAUCUUGAGCUCGCUCAUGUCUUCUCAUCCAACUCUGCCUACCUAGAGGCCUUGACAUCUUGGACAGAAGACCCUUCACAUCACUCGCAGCAGGGUAUAUAUGUAGGGUGGGGGCUCCCACUUAUAGUUCACACUACUGUCAUUUACAAGUUUACUCCCAGGAUGCCAUUUCAAACAUUUCUCACUGGCAUAGCCUGCCCACCACAUGCUACCUGGAGCAGUGAUUUUGGGAUUGUUCUAUCUGUCUAUCUAGUGUAUUCUCCUUCCCCAUUACAGUACUUACAAUGUGCAGGCAGUCUUUAUAGAAAUACGGUAUUUGUAGACAGUGGUAUUUUUAUUAGUGCUGGGACGAACACAGGAUUUUCAUGUUCGGAUAUUCGCUUAUAAUUUAAAUAUGUUAGGAUAUUUUUUCGUCUUUCAAAAAGUAAUAAGCCAUUAUUGCUCUGAAAUCAGGCAGAGACAGCAUAGCGGCAGGGGGCGUGGCCCCUGUGUGUGUGUGUGCCUUUAUUUUACAGCAAGACUUUACAAGAUGCAACACGUUCAAAUAGAAAAAUAUCACAGGAGUAAAGAAUACGUUGUGUAGGCCUUACUUUACCCCAGUGAAUUAACCACAAAACAAAGGAUGUCAAAUAGCAGUUCAAGUUAAACGUUGUUUUGUUUAUUCCCCAAAUAUAGUACAUAAAGUUGACAAUGCAUUUUUUUUUUUUUAUACCAUUCACAGUAAACCAGUGGCCAUCGACAUGUUUUCAUAAAGUAAUAAUAUGAGGUUUACUCGUGCCUUUUUGUAGCUGAACAAGCAAAUGAAAACUCAAAUUUAACUUUAAACACUUCAAAUAAAACAAGUUGUAAAAUGAAGUGGGGGAACAUCGUUUUGGUUCUCGUUUAUUAUAUUCCACUUAAGUCGCAACAAAAUAUAUAUAAUACACAGUCUAUAUAAAAGUCACUGCACAACAUUUUCUGUAAGUUGGGUACUGUUUAAGCGAGGCAUUUCAAUCCCACGAGACUCUGACUCUCUCUAAAGCAGCACAACACAUUUUUGGCCCAGAUGGCUUUCCAUAAAGAUCACUAAGGGUGCACGUGCAUAAUACAUGUCAAAAAAUAUUUGUUUAAAUAUUUGUCCCUGCACUAAUUUUUAGAUACAGGUCAUUUCAUAUCAGGGCUGUUCAACCAUUUUGCUUAAGACUCAGACAUGGUAAUAACCAGUGGGCUCUUAAACAGCCAGCAAAUCACAAACGCAGAUUGAAAAACAAAAAAAAAACCUUUUUAUUAAAAAAAAAAAAAAUUAAAAACAGGCUUUUUCAGAAUACACUGCCUUUUUGUUGUUGUUGUUGUUGGUAUGUGUAGAAUUGUGACCUGUACAUACUUGCGAAUGCAGUUUUCAUUUUAAAACAAAAGUGCAACAAAACUGAUCAUGCAAUGAAGGCCACAGCUGUAAAAAAAUAAGUCGUUUUCUUUUUCCUAAAAGAAACUGGAGUCUAAUUUUAAAUGCUGUACACAUUAUCAUACCUCCUGGAGUUUGUCAGUAAAUCUACCCUGGUAAAAACAUUCAGGGUUAUAUGUUUUAGGUCAGCUGUUAGGCUCUGACACUGUUUGAUCACCUUUGAACAUUAUUGGAAUUCAGUUCUGGUCCCCUGGGCAAAAACCUGAAUGGGUGAUUUCAUACAGGUGCAUAGCUGUAUGACAAGAUUGAUGUAUUUUUCAACUGAAAAAUAGCAGGUCUAUAUUCUCUUUCUGUUUCUCUUAUUCAUGUGUUGAUUUGCCUAUAUUCUUUUAUGAGGUUGUCAUUAAUAAUAAAUUAAGUUAUUGUCAAAUUAAUAUUUAAAUAGACUGUGUUCCAUAUUAUAAUAAGUUUUAAAUAUUUUAUUUGUAAACCUGGUCAAAUUAGGAAAGUAAUCUCAGUUUAUGUUUUCUUUUAAUAUAUUAAUGUAUUCUCUUAUGAAAAACAUAGAAAAUUAACUGGUAAAAUAACACAAUCACUCGGAUGCAUCUGUUACACAGAUAUUUAUGUAUUUAUUUUUUGAAUGGAGUAACCUAAAUGAGCAAAUCAUUAAAGAGAAGAAAAAAUGUACUUUCAAUAAUAAAUCAACCAUGUGUUUCCAAGGGAUCUCCUAAACUUACUUCAGGCUCCCUGUGCAACAGUGCACAACCCCAAAUAGGUGAAAACAGUGAAAUUGCAUCGUGUUGUUUGCCCUACUUGCAUGGUCUUUAUAUUCUUGUGUUUUGCUCCCUUCUUUUGUACACGGUUAUAUUGUACAUCUUUUACAAUCAAUGGCCUAGUUGUGUAAACUGUAUUACAUAUUCAAAUGCUGUAACUAUGCUAACUUUUAUACUGAAAAUUAAACUCGUUCAGUCUCUACUGAG